AUGUGUUACAUGUACGAUUUGCGAAACACUGUACAUUAUAUGCUAGGCCCGCUACUCAUGAACGAACGGAUCUAUUCCGCAGUCUUCAGUGGGUCCCAGCCCAGCAGUUUUACGCCGCGCAUAUCCGCAAUGACCGACAAGGGCAAGGGCAAGGGAAAAAAUAAAUCACUGCCGGACACAAUAAGCGUUUACGUCAAGUGGUGUCCGGAGACGAAAGAGCUCUUUGACAAUUAUCGGAUAAGGUGGAAUGAGGAAGAGUUGGUGAUCAUGCAAUUUCCAGACGUGCCCGUCACCAUCGAAGACAUGGGCAGUUGGAUCGAGUCGCGUGUGGAGAGGAUUUAUGAGCUCUCGACACAGGGAAUGGACAAGAUCAUGGUGCAGUCCCAGUAUCUGACAACAGCUUACAGACCAGACAAGUAUCUUCCCUGGCAAGAGCCAGCACACAGAUACUUCAGAGAUGGCGACGUGGUGAUGGUUCAGUGUCAGGCCAUGUCAGCACAGCAGAGGGAUCCUUUCACAAAGGAAGAGAUUGAGACGUUCAAGAAGUCGCUGCGCUUCGAGCAGGGCGAUCGCGUGCUGUGCAAUUGCGGCCAGCUUUGGAUCUCCGGGUGGAUUGUCGGCACGGCAGUGGAAGACGAUCAAGACCUUCUGCCGUAUGUCGUCAAGACAGACCCGAUUCCAGGCUUGCCUUCGAGGACAAUCUCCGUCCCACAUGACCGCGACGAGGUUUGUGUCCAGGAGGUGUGCUUCAACCCCAGUUCCGAGCUGCACUUCGUGAAGUGCGCCGCCACACGGUUGGCAGGCUCUGCAAAGCCACAACUCCGAUUCACUGAGGGCGACAAGGUAACCGUUCGCCUCAAGAACGGAACGGAUGGACUCGAACGCUGGGUUUCCGGAUGUGUGACUGAUUUGUGGCCUGCCUUACCCGGGAAGCUUCAGUGGGAGAUCGAGGGCGUCACCGGGGAGUACCCUAAAGAGGUGCCAUAUCGAGUGGACCUGUCGCCGCUUGGCUGGUGCUUCGUGCACAGGGAUGACCACACACUCAUCCGCCGCGAGGGUCUCCAGCCACAAACCCGGGUGAAGGGCAUGAGCAAACGCCUCGAGGUGAUAAGAUGCGAGGACGGCAGCCGGGAACAGGUCGACCAUCAGACGGAGCGUCGCAAGCGGAUGCCGCAAAGCAGCCUUGACGAUAUUUCAGACUCGGACGAUGAUGUCUAG